AUGGCGUACCUCGACUUUUUCAUAGUAUCAUUGAUUCCGGUCCUGAAAACAUUACUGAUCACUGCUGUUGGUUUGUUUCUUGCAUUGGACAGAGUGAAUAUCUUGGAUCUCUCUGCAAGGCGAAACUUGAAUAAUCUUGUGUUUUAUGUCUUUAGUCCUGCAUAUGUUGGUAGUAGCUUGGCAGAUACGAUUACCAUGAGCAGCCUAAUUGAAUUAUGGUUCAUCCCUGUGAAUGUUGUUCUCACCUUUGUUAUUGGUUCCAUACUUGGUUGGAUGCUUUAUAAAAUCACCAGAGCUCCUCGACAUCUACGCGGCCUACUUAUCUGUUGUUGCGCAACAGGGAAUAUAGGAAGUUUACCUAUGAUCAUCCUCCCAGCGAUCUGUAACGAAACAAACAGUCCAUUUGGAGACUCAUCAACCUGUUCUACCAAUGGACAGGCUUAUGCAUCACUCAGCACCGCGCUAGGGGCUUUCUUUAUCUGGAGUUAUUCGUAUAACAUAAUCAGGGUAGAUGCAAUGAAAUACGGCGAAAAUUCGUCAGAACAAGGUUCUGAUGUGUUGCCAAAAAGUAACUUACAUGAAGCAUUACUUACGAAGGAUAAUGCUGAAACUCAAGAUUUGCUGCUUCUUACCAACAGCAUGGAAGAUGAUAGCAAGACACCAUUCCUAAAGAAACUACAGAAGCAGCUUGAAAUUUGGGAAUCAAAGUUGAACCUAAAAAAGAUAUUUUCUCCUUCAACUAUCGCGACGAUAGUUGCCCUAAUCAUCGGAACGGUUACUCCCUUGAGACACCUAAUAGUGGGGGAAAAUGCUCCUCUGCGUGUUAUAGAUAGCUCGGUAUCUCUACUGGGAGAUGCAGCAGUACCAGCCAUGACGAUGAUUUUAGGAGCAAAUCUCCGCGAGGGUUUUCAAAAAUCAGAAGUUGGACCAUGGAUCAUAGCCGGCGUCCAGGCUGUUCGAUUUAUUGCAAUGCCUCUUCUGGGUACAAUUAUUGUUAGAGGUGCACAUUACAUUGGAUUGGUGGGAUCCGAUUCAUUGUAUCAAUUUCUGCUACUGCUGCAACAUUCAGUACCAUGUGCGAUGGCUUUAGGCACUAUGACGCAGCUGUUUGGAAUGGGGGAAAGUGAUUGCGCAGUGAUUUUGUUGUGGAAUUAUGGAGUUGCUUCACUGGCUGUUACUCUUUGGUCUACUUACUACAUGUCCAUUGUAAUUCCAUAG